AUGGGAGUUUGGUGUCGAGUAAAAAAUCUUUUAUUUGGCGUGGCUAUUGGACGAACAGUAAUUGACACGUUUGGUUCUGUGGCCAGAGUUGAUGGAAUUUCUAUGCAACCAACAUUCAAUCCAAAUACCACAGUGGACUUUGUGUUCCUAUCGUAUAUUCCAGUGCGAUUUGAUUCUAUUAAGCGGGGUGAUAUUAUUGUAGCCAUAUCACCUAGAAAUCCAAAAGAAACAAUUAUUAAGCGUGUAAUCGGUGUUGAAGGUGACGUUGUGCUAUCAAAAAAGAAGAAUAAUACUUCAAAGAUACGAAACUUUAUUCCUAGAGGAUAUUAUUGGAUUGAAGGUGAUCACAAAGGCCACUCAUAUGAUUCUACAAGUUUUGGUCCAAUUUCUAAAGGACUUGUUAUUGCUAAGGUUUCAGUUAUAAUCUGGCCUCCUAGUAGAUGGCAAUUACUCCAAUCUCAAGUUCAUAAAUAA